UCGUUGAGAUGACGUCAAGUACUUUUAUAAGCUCCCUCUAGGUGAUCACGAAAUAGCUAUUAUUACGCAUGCGCUUACAUUUUGGAAGCGCGUGACGCGCGCGCUUCCGAUUCCUUAUCUACGCCUAUGCAAUAUUUGGAAAUUCUACUUGAAGACGACGAUUGAAGAGAUUUAAUUUACUUAUAUAUUCUUGCCAUGACACGAUUUUAUGUUUCAAAAUUUCUAUUCGUCAUAUCGUCGACGGUUUAUUUUGUAUGAUAAUAGAAUUACGAAAUAUUUUACAUCGGUCGUAAAAAACCGAAGGAUGUACAGAAAAAAUUCAUUUGUCCAUUUUGUACAUUUUUUUCUUUUUAUUUUAUAUCGAUGCUUUAUCUACCUUUUCCAAUUUAAAUAACGUAAUUAUCGUGUCAUUCUCUUAUCAGAUUAAUGAAUGUAAAGAAUUUAUCGCUACUAUCUAUCAAAUCCAAAUGCGUUAUCGCAUAUGGAUGAAUGUAGGACACAUUUUUAUGUUUGUUAUUCAUGAAUUUGAGAAUUUUUAAUUUACAAAUAAGGUGCAAAUACGAGUAAAUAAUUAUAUUACGAUUGUUUUUGUCUGAUAAUGAUAAGUCUUAAACUUUAUUCUAAGACUAAUUGUUAUGAUUAAUACGAGAAAGAUUAGUUUUGUUCAUCUUAUUGUUUAUAUAAUAAUAUUACGCGUGACAUAUACAUAUAUAUAUAUAUAUAUGAUUCUCUAGCAGUUUUUAUGACUUCUGUGAAAAAAAAUAAUUUUUUAUUCGUCGAUAUAUAAUUUACGUAUUCAAGCCGACGCCUUAGUUCAAACACGUGAUCUCUAAAUUUUCAGCGGAAGUAGUAUAGUACGCCUAUGUCGCAUACCGUGUAACCAAUUUAAACGUCAUAAUAAACGUGCUCUGCAAAGCUUUUUUGUUAGAUUUUAUAUUAAAUUGUGAAAACACGAUGAAGUUCGCUUAUAAGUUUAGUAAUUUACUUGGUACAGUCUAUCGUAAAGGAGAUUUGAUAUUUUCUCCUGAUGGAUCGUCCGUUAUUAGUCCAGUCGGUAACAAAAUCUCUAUAUUUGAUUUAAAAAACAAUAAAUCCAUGACUCUUCCUAUAGAAAGCAAAUAUAAUUAUACUGCUGUAGACAUAUCUCCAGAUGGGUAUUUAUUAAUUGCAAUUAAUGAAGAGGGAGACGCUCAUAUAAUCAGUAUGAUAAGUAAGAUGGUUAUACAUAAGUACAGAUUUAAACGGCGUAUCAGAUGUGUAAAAUUUUCUCCAGAUGGGAAACACUUCGCAGUUUGUAAAGAAAAUAAUGUUUUCAUUUUUAACGCACCUGGUCUACAGUCAGGAGAAUAUAAUCCAUUUGUAAUGGAACGAAUAUUUCAUGGAGCUGUCGAUGAAACAACAUUCAUAGAUUGGUCUUUCGAUUCAAAACUUUUGGCAAUUGGCUCAAAAGAUGCUACUACAAAAUUGUACAGUUUACAAAAAUGGAAAAACUUUAAAUUCGUUACACUUGGUUGUCAUUCUGAUAUGAUAGUAGGAUGCUUUUUUGAAAAGAAUAGUUAUGAUAUAUCGACCAUUAGCAGGAAUGGACAACUGUGUGUUUGGGAAUGUACCAUUGAUCCAGAGGAUCUAGUGGAAUGGGAACCACCAACUAAAAAGAGUAGAAAAACCGAUAGUGAUGACGAAGAUGAUGUAGACCUAGACAAAGCAAUAGAGAAAACUGGAAAACAACAAAAGAUCUUAGAGCGCAGAUUAACCGAAUUAAAACUUACAUCUGAAGCGAAUGAAGAAGAGAAUACAGAAAUGGAUUCAAAAGUUAAAAAAUUACGUUAUAAAAAAGUAGCACGACAUUACCUAGCAGAUGUAGUACAAAAACAAACUAAAAAUGCAGUAUUAACAGCAGCUACAUAUCAUAAAGAUACUCAUAUUUUAGUAGUAGGAUUUAAUAAUGGUUCCUUCUAUUUAUACGAAAUGCCUGAAGUUAACAUGAUUCAUUCUUUAAAUAUUUCUGCGCAAGAUAUUUCUUCUAUAGCAUUGAACUGUACUGGAGACUGGAUAGCUUUAGGAUGCUCUUAUAUGGGUCAAUUGUUGGUCUGGGAAUGGCAGAGUGAAACAUAUGCUAUGAAACAACAAGGACAUAGUAACAAUAUAAAUUGUUUGGUAUAUAGCCCAGAUGGCCAAUAUAUUGUUACUGGUGGUGAUGAUGGAAAAGUAAAGUUGUGGAAUACAAUGAGUGGAUUUUGUUCUGUUACAUUUCAAGAACAUUCAUCUGCGAUUUCAGGAGUUUUGUUCAGUCACAAUCGCAAAUUUAUUAUUUCUUCCUCGCUCGAUGGAACUGUUAGAGCAUAUGAUUUAACUAGAUAUAGAAAUUUUAAAACUUUGACAUCCCCACGACCAGUGCAAUUUUGUUGUGUAGCAAUAGACUCGAGUGAUGAAUUUAUUGCGGCAGGUGGUCAAGACUACUUUUAUAUUUACUUGUGGAGUAUUAAACUGGGUACUUUAUUAGAGAUAUUAGGUGGCCACGAAGGACCUGUUGUAAGUUUAGCUUUUAAUCCGAGUCCUGCCAGCACAGAAUUAGUAUCAGUCUCCUGGGAUAAAACGUUAAAAAUAUGGAAUGCUAUUGAAAAUGGUUCUAUGCAUGAGACGAUACAAUUAACUGCCGAUGGUUUAUAUGUUACUUAUAAACCUAAUGGCGAGGAAAUUGCAGUAUCUACUUUAGAUGGGCAAAUAUCAUUUUUUCAUUGCAAAAGUGCAACACAAACAGGCAGUAUUGAAGGUAGAAAUGAUUUAGGUAGUGGUAGAUCCGAGAUAGAUAUGAUUACAGCAAAAAAAACUUUGCAGGCAAAAGCCUUUACUUCUUUGUGCUAUUCUGCUGAUGGUUUGUGCAUAUUAGCUGGUGGACAAUCUAAAAACGUAUGCAUUUAUAAUGUUAAAGAAGCAAUACUCUUAAAAAAAUUUGAAGUUACACAAAACAGAUCUUUGGAUGCAGUAGAUGAUUUUAUAAAUAGACGAAAAAUGACUGAAUUUGGAAAUUUAGCUCUGGUUGAAGAACGUGAGGAAAACGAAGGUGGUAACGUAAUAUUACGUUUGCCAGGUGUUAAAAGUGGUGAUAUGGCUAGCAGAAGUAUGAAACCAGAAGUGAGAGUCUUUAGUUUACAAUUUUCUCCAACAGGACAAGCGUGGGGAGCAGCAACAACUGAAGGUUUAUUAAUAUAUUCAUUAGAUGUUGAUUUUAUAUUUGACCCAUUUCAACUUGACCUUAAGAUCACUCCUGACACUAUAAAAGAAACACUUGCUAAAGUGGAAUACACACAAGCGUUAAUGAUGGCCUUGAAACUGAAUGAAAAAUCUUUAAUAAGACAAGUUAUUGAAACUAUUCCAUAUACCAAUAUUGAACUGAUCGUACGGAAUUUGGCCGAUAUUUAUCUAGAGAAGACAUUGAAAUUUAUAGCUGUCGAAUUAGAGUCAGCAAGGCAUAUACAUUUUUAUCUCUUGUGGAUAGAAUUGAUAUUAACUAAUUAUGGACACAAAAUGAAUACAACAUUUCAAAUGCCAUUACUAUUGAUGUUGCAGAAAAAUAUGCAAAGGAAGUACGACGACUUGAGUUCGAUAUGCGAUUUUAAUCAGUAUACGAUAAGUUACGUAAAAAGAAUGGGAGAAAUAAAGGCUGCUAAAUCUGAAUUAAAUGAUAGUGUAGUUACUAUUAAUGGUCCAUCCGAUACUUCAUCGAUGGAAAUGGAUACCGAUUGAUAAUAACACGAUAUAAUGAUUU